AACGAAAUGAAUCAAGACGCUAAUCUUUACGCAAAAAGCUGCGAAUUGCAAAAAAUUGACGCUAAUCGCGUCCUUAAUGAAUACUUUCCUUUUUUACAGUGGCGAGGGGGUGAUUGUAUUAUGGACGUCGGUGCAGCUGAAGGUUCGGUGAGUCUGGAGGUGGUUUUGCCGAAAUUGCCACCAAACUUCAAGAAAUUCGUUCUAUCUGACAUAUCGGAGGACCUACUCGAUUUCGCUAGAGACAGAAGUGACGACGAAAGAGUCCAAUUCUGCCCCAUGGAUAUAUCGUCUACUAUUCCAGAUGGGUUUCGUCAACACUUCGACCACAUUUUUUCGUUUUACUGUUUAAAUUGGGUGUCGACACGACUCAGUAAUAUUCAAGCACUGAAGAAUAUCUUCGACAUGUUGAAACCAGGUGGGGACGUCGUGCUUACCAUCAUGGCCAGUUCACCUCUGUACGACUUUUGGCAAAAUAUGGCACUAACUGAAAAAUGGGCAGCGAUUUCGAAAAAUUUAUCCGGUUUUUUGUCGCCGUACCACAACCAGAAUAACCCAGAAGAAGUAUUACGGGAAUUUCUGGAAGAAGCAGGAUUUGUAAUCCACGACUGUAAAAUGGAAACGCGCUUUUACACGUACGGGGCUUUCUCAGUUUUUUUAGAUAGCGGAUUAUCCGUCAAUCCGUUCAUCCAUUUACUUUCCGAAGACGAACGCAAGGAAUAUAUCGAAGACUAUGAAAAAGAAAUAAGGAAGCACCACGAGAUCACCGUAACGGGUGUCAAUGGUAACGAAGAACUCAGUCUUUCCUAUAACAUUAUUAUUGCUUGUGCUUCGAAACCUCUGGAGUCACAGUGACAACCACUGAGUACACCCCACCGGAAUCUGUUAUUUCGUCUUGAUUUGUCUUUAAUAAUAAAACUUUGGGGGUUAUUCA